AUGUUUGUGUUUCUUUGGGCCCCCUGGCGCGUGGGGUGGCCAACUGACCGUGGGUCCAUCUGGGUCGGCGACACGCAGGAUUGGAUGGACGACGUAUUCAUGGCCGAGACGUUCAAGAAGUACGGCGAGGUGACGUCGGUGAGGCUGCCCCGCGACAAGAGCACAAACGCCAGGUUGAAGUUUGGUUUUGUACAGUUUGCCACCCCAGAGCAAGCGAAUGGAUUUAUCGAGGGCCUCAAUGGCAAGCUGUUCACAACCGAGGACGGGCACCAGCUUCGGGUCAAUCGGGCGAUCAUGAGCAUCGGCAAAUGCACCCCCGCGUUCACUGGAGGCGUCACUGUCUAUUGCGGUAACCUUGACAACAACGUCAAAGCCUCGGAUUUGGUGGAGGUCUUCUCGAGGAGAUUCGAGACUGUCGCUUCAGCUAGAAUCCUGAACGACAAAGCCGCUGAGGAAACUCCCAAGGAGACCGGUUCGACCAAGCGCUUCGGUUUCGUACACUUCUUGGAUAAGGACGAGGCGAAUUCGGCUGUCUACCAGAUGGACGGGGUGGUCGUUGGCACAAGGCCAAUGAAGGUCAGGCACUCCUCGCGCGAACCAGCGAAUUGGUGUUUGCAAGCAGAAGAAAAUCUGAGCUGCAAGAUAACGAGCAAGGACCAGCAAGGGAAGUUCCACACGGUCGCAUUCUGUGGUUUUCCCGCAGAAGUGACAGAGAACGAGCUCCUAUGCUUGUUCACGCAGUUUGGUGCAGUCAAGGCGGUGCAGGUUGCCCAGGGGUCUGGCUGGGUAGAAUUCCAUAUUCGGUCCGUUGCACUUGCCAUGUUGGAGUACUUCGCCAACCACGCACACAUCCGAACGCAGCUCGUGACCGAUGCGCACGAGAAGGCAUCUCUCACGGAGCGCACGGGGAGGCUCGCGCAGACGAAGGCGCUGGUCGACCUGCAGAUGCAGCAGGCGGUGGGAGACACCACCGGCGUGCACGCCCCGCAGUUCCCUGGGCAGGUCGGUCCCGGGCUCGAGCACUUUGCAUGUCUCCUGCAGGAUCCUGUCUUCUGGCAGGUCUUCGAGAACGAGCUCGGCAACAAGAGCGCGUCGAGCCCAGAUCCUUGCCUGCCGGUGCUUCUUCAAGAUUGGCCCCAGAUCAUCGGGAAGUCCAGUGACGUGAACGAGCUGAACGAGGAGUACUUGACCGACCACGGCUGGCACUUAAAUAGCGGCCAUGGUACUCUCCCAUUGCCGCAGAGCUUGCGGACAUGUGCCUGA